UUUUAAAAUAUUUAUGAAAAGCUCCUAAUAAAUUAUUACAUUUUGUUUACACCAAAACUGAAUUUUGACCCAACCCAUUUACAUUACAUAGCCCGAUCUCAGAAGUCCAUGAGCUUGACCCAAGUUGAUUAACCCAUGACGCUAACAUAAUUUACUGGGUCGGGUCAUAAACUUCUCGGUUCGGCCCUAACUUUAAUUUGUCUUUCAUAAGCACUCUCGCCCUUCCUCAACCUAUCUUAUAUUUCCAGCAAUGAACGCUACAACGAACUUCAUUGAAGACAACAAUGAUCCUGAAAGCGAUUGCGACACGAAUACCGAUGUAGCACCUGAAUACUACCAGCCGAUCUCACCACUUGCUGACGAUGACUCCGAUCCCGAACAAGCCAACUCCGAUGAAGAUUCUAGGGCGGAGAACGGAAUCCGCUGUCUUCAUCUAAACGGCGACGUAGAGCAGCAGAGCAGCAGCAGCAGCAGCGAGGAAGAAGAGGAUGAGGAAGAGGAGAGAGUGAGAGAAGCGUCUGAAUCGGCUAUUUUGCGAGCAUUUAGAGAGGAUGAGAAUCGAAGGAAUGCUCCGUUGUCUCAAGAGAAUGCUACUCGUGUUAUCGAGGCCAUGCGUGGGAUUUCCUUCUCCGAUUACACUCCUGAUUGGGCGGGUCGGGUUCCUCAGGAUCAGUGGAUCCAUCGCCUUCGAGCUUUGAGGAGCCAACAACAAAUACUAUCACCCAACACUUCUCUUCACAAUUAGAUUCUUACUCUUUAUUGUUCUCUGCUUUUAUUGCUGAUCUAUUACGAAAAUAUGUUGUCUUUUAUUUAAGCCGAAAUGUAAAUCUCAACUUAAAAGUAAUUUCACCUGAUCAAUUUGAUAAAA